GAGGGGAUUGGGACACCUGAAUCACAUGAUAUGGAGGGGAUUGGGACACCUGAAUCACAUGAUAUGGAGGGGAUUGGGACACCUGAAUCACAUGAUAUGGAGGGGAUUGGAACAUCUGAAUCACAUGAUAUGGGGGGGAUUGGAACACUGGAAUCACAUGAUUGGGAGUGGAUUGGAACACCUGAAUCACAAAAUAUGGAGGGGAUUGGAACACCUGAAUCACAUGAUUGGGAGGGGAUUGGAACACCGGAAUCACAUGAUUGGAGGGGAUUGGAACACCUGAAUCACAUGAUAGGGAGGGGAUUGGAACACCUGAAUCACAUGAUAGGGAGGGGAUUGGAACACCUGAAUCACAUGACUGGGAGGGGAUUGGAACACCUGAAUCACAUGACUGGAGGGGAUUGGAACACCUGAAUCACAUGACUGGGAGGG